CCUCUGGAGCGGAGCCCCGCGUCGCGCUCCGCCCGCCGCGCCGAUUUCGUUCUCGCUACGCGCCACGCGUGUCCGCCCGGCGUCGCGUGCCGCCAUGACGCGUCAGUGACUCAGCGUGUGUGUGUGCGUGUGUGUGUCGCCUGUUCUGGAUAACCAACAACAACAACCGGCGUCGCCGCACUGACCAAGGCUGGGUGGCGCGCAGCCAGCCGUAGUCACCGUCAUGUGAUGCCAUAGGAUCGCCACCACGCUGCGUGCCCAAUGCAAUCGUCAACUUGGGGUUGUCAUGUGUUAGCGGCCGUCCCACGGAGGCUCCCUCCAUCCCCACACCAACGAGAGGCUCUCCAGGAGGAAGGCUGAUGGCGGUUCGCGUGCGCGUCCUGCAGUCGCUGGUGCUGGCGUUGGUGUGCCUGUCGCUGGUGGUGUACUCGUCGUACUACGCCACCGCGUCCGGGCCGUCGGGGCCCCAGCUGCCCCAGCAGGCCGCUGCGCAGCGGGCGCCCCCGCCACCCCCGUCUCAGCCCCAGCUGCCUUCAUCGCAGACGUCGGUGGGCACGGUGGACCUCUUCACGGGCAGGCUGGGCAGGAACGCGUCGGCCACACUGCAGGCGCUGCAGGAUGAUCCGCUCGGCGGCUCGCUGCUGGUGGGCGGCGUGAACGCGUCCACCAUCGCGGAGGAGGUGGGGGCCGUCAUCGUGGGCGUGGGCUCGGUGAGCCUCGCCAACGGCCUUGGCGGCGUGGGCGGCUUCAACGCGCUGCCCCCGGUGGCCAGGCCGCCCCCGGCCGCCAACGCCACCCUGAGCACGCCCGCCCCCAGUGGCGGCGGCGGCGGCAGCAUCCAGCGGAUCCCGCCCCCGGCCAAGGACGGCAACGCCACCCUGGACGCCACCAUCAAGGGGGUCGUGACCCGGUCCAUCUACGAGGCGGGCCAUGAUGUAGCCAACCUGGAGAUCUGCCCGGACCUGGGCAGAAACCUGCAGGUUUUUAUUGCUGUGACCUCAGCGCCUAGUCACCGUGAAGCUAGAAUGGCCGUGCGUCAAACGUGGGGCCAUUUCCAACAACGAAGUGAUGUUGCAAUAGCAUUUAUAUUAGGUACCACAAACAAUCCAGAAAUGGAGAAGAGCCUGGCAGCAGAGUCAGCCAUGUACAAUGACUUGAUCCGUGGACGAUUUGUGGAUUCAUAUAACAAUCUUACACUCAAGACUAUAUCUACAUUGGAGUGGGUAGACAACUACUGCUCCGAAGUGAAAUUCAUCUUAAAAACUGAUGACGAUAUGUUUAUUAAUGUAAAUAAGUUAAUGGCUUUCAUCACAAAGCAUGCUGAUGUUAAACGAACCAUUUUUGGGAGACUUGCAAAGAAGUGGAAACCUAUUCGAAACAAGAAAUCCAAGUACUAUGUGUCUCCUCAACAGUACAAACGUGUUGUUUUCCCUGAUUUCACCACUGGUCCAGCAUAUCUCAUGUCGCAAGAUGUAGUGCAUGACCUGUACACUACAGCAUUAAACCAAAUGUACCUGAAGCUAGAAGAUGUAUACACCACAGGUAUUGUUGCUCAUUCGGUCAAUGUUAAGAGAGUGCAUGUGAAUGAAUUCCUCAAUAAACGUGUUGCAUUUAACGCAUGCAACAUUCAGAAAGGUAUUAGUAUUCAUAUGGUUAAAUACCAUGAACAGUUUGACUUGUGGAAAAAGCUACUUGAUGGAAGGACUAAGUGCAAAUAGGAAAUUAAUAAAAAGUUAUGGAAGUGAUGAUUGUUCUGUUAUGUUUGUAGUGCAGAUUGUUAACUGUUUAUUAGUUAAUGUAAGGAAAAAGUCAACACAGAACAAACUCUUAAAGAUCAUUGUUUAAUUUAUUGUUUCAUUUCAUAAAGUUUACUCCAAAGCAUUUUGUGCAAUAUAAAUGUCAAUGUUAAUUUUUAUGUGGCCAUCUAUUACGUUUUACAAAUAUUUUAAACUGUAAUAAUUUUUGUUUUUAAAAUCCAGCAGAGCCUACUUUGAACAGUUUGCUUUAACGCAAAAGGAUAUGUACAUCAUUCAGGGUUUUGCAUAAGUUUGAUUAAAAAGCAUUUAUAUUUAUUCUUCAGUUUGUAAGUGGAGGUAUGCAAUUAUUUCAGUUUAGAAAUUAUUUGUAAAGUAGUCUGGUAGUCCUUAUUUGAUUUAGGUGUCAAUACACCUCAACUUGAUUUUGAAACUUUAAUUUCCUUCACUUGUGAUUAUCUCAGAGAUAUGAGUCCAUCGAUCAAAUUUUAUCAAUGAUGUUUUGUUCUGUUAUUCUUACAAAUUCAAAUUUUGGUUGUGAAUAUGUGUUUGUAAGAGUGCAGCUUAUUUAUUCUGAAUCAAGCUGAAUUAAUAUGUGAUAAAAAUGGGACUGACAUUGUGUAUUGUCUUGCUAUGCACAAACAGAAUGGUGUUUUUAAUACUGGCAUCGAUGUAUCCUAUUUUGGUGGAUGCCACUACAUCUAUCCUAAUAUGUGUUGUUUGUUCCUAGCAUGUCAAUAACUGAUGUUUGCAUGUCCCAUAUAGAGAAUAUUAGCAAGUAUGAUUCAAAAGAGUGCCGUAUACUUUGUAAUAUAGGAAAGUGAAUUGUUAUUUAUUGAGACUGCUUUAUUAUUGUAUUUUAAAUGAAUGAACACAUAUGCUUCUUUAUCAUAGACUCUGCGUAUGUAAAAUGUACUUAUAAGACAGCCUAAGAAGCACAAAGUCAUCACACUAAACUUUUCGUUUCAUUCCCGCCUACAAUCAGCAGUUUCACAAGCUAUCUACUCUCACAAAUUUGUCCUUGUGAUAUUAUUGUAAAUGACAUUCGUAAAUUUUGCUUUUAAGCAGGGUUUUGUCUUUUAUUGUGUGUGCAAAAGUGUGUUUACGCCAGUAUGUCUUUUUAGUUCAGUUUCAUUCCUCUUCUUAUUUGUCUUGGUCACUUCCUUCUGUGGGGGAGAGACAGAGACAGAGUAUGUGUGUGUAUGAAUGAGUGUGUAUACGUGCAAUUCAGCAUGUCUACUAUCUUUGAAUAGAUAACUGUUUACAAGAAUAAUCUCAUUUUAAAUUUUGUGGAAGAAACUUUAUCAUUUUCUUGUAAGUUAAAAAUGAUUGAUCUUAAGCUUUCAAAGAAAAAAUUCAUGGGAAACUGUAUUAUAGUAGGUUGUGAAAGAACUGUUAUAACAUUAACAUAGGCUUUACUAGAAAUUUAAUUUUCAGGUGCAUUAUGGUUAUGUGACCAUCAUUGUCCAAUUUUGGCUGCAAAAAGGGGUUGAUUAUUUCUGUCGAUUUAAUUUUAGAUGAUUUGGAAGAGAUUUCUACACAACAGUAACAAGACUGUAUCUAUUUUUGUAUGACAGUGAUUUGUUUAAAAAAUACCUUACUUUCCUUCUGCUUUAUGUAUAUACUUAUGUGUACCAUACUACUACUCUAGCAUGAUUUUGAUGACUGAAGUUGUGUAAUUCUUUUGACCACUACUUUUUUCAACUGCAACCUCACUCUUUAGGUUGAGAUUGCAAGUGCAUCAACUCCAGUGGAUGAAAGGAAUACACCUACUCUAUUCAGUACUGGAUAAGUUGAGAUGUGAGCUUGGCUUAAUUGGAGUACAGUAGUUUCUCUUUUGUAUUUAAAGAAAUAUUAAAAUCUUUCCCUCUAAAGAAACGUACAUCAUCUUUGUAAGAAAUGAGCAGAAGUAAAUAUUUAUUUUGUUUUCUGUAAUCUACACACUUCAAGGUGUUUACUUUCCAAAUAAAUUUGUUCCAUGAAGAGGGUGUGUGUGAGUGCAGGAACAUGUGUUAAGAAAAUUGACCAGUAAUAAUAAGUUAGCUAUGUAAGUGACAGUGCUUUGAUUUAUUUUUGGAUUCAACUUCUGUAGCACAUAAGGGCAUAAUGUGAUGCUGAAUGACUUAAAUUAUACAGACGAUCAUGAAGCCCCCUCUGAAUUUGCUGCAUAAUCAUUUGUGACAAUGAGCAGCAUCACUAAAUAAGAAAAAUCAAACAUGUAUAAAUGGAAAUGCUGGAGAAAGUUUUAUAAUAGUAAACGUGCCAAUCAAUGCAAGUUUCCAAGAAUGCUCUCAAUGGCUGAUUUCUUUCGUAUAAUGAGUAUAUAAUAAACAACUACUUUACUGAGUA